CUCGCUACCCGGCCGCUGCCUCAUCUGCAGGGUCCGCCUCAGCCCCGGCACAGGCGCAGAGACGUUUCCCUACAGUGGAGACAAGACAGCUGCAGACGAAUCUGUCACAGAAGCAGACUUGAAGCAGCUGCCCGAGUUCAACCCCCCUUCCUUUAUGCCUUAUGGGAACGUGGGCACCCCCCUGAAAGUUUUUCUGGAGCUGAUCCGGGCCUGCAGGCUGCCUCCCCGGAUUAUCAAGAAAUUGCAGCUGGAUUUUCCAAAGACAGGCUCAUCCCGUAGGUAUGGGAAUGUGCCUUUUGAAUACCAGGACACUGAGACAGUUAUAGAAGAAGAAAGAGUUUACACUGCUGCAGGGGAUGAGAUCACAGAGGAAGAGGGGCCUGUGGCAAGAUCUGAGGUGACUCACCCAGACAGUGCUGAGGAAGAUGAGGAGGGGCACAAGAAGGAGAAAGAGGAGUUGCGCUCGGAUGAUGACAAUGAUACCUGUGAGGAGUGGGAGCGACAUGAGGCUCUGCACGAGGAUGUGACCAAGCAGGACCGCACAGAGGAGCGGCUCUUUGAAGAGGAGAUUGAGCUCAAGUGGGAGAAAGGCGGCUCUGGCCUUGUCUUCUACACGGAUGCUCAGUACUGGCAGGAGAAGAAUGGAGACUUUGAUGAGCAGACUGCAGAUGACUGGGAUGUGGACAUGAGCAUCUACUAUGACAAAGAUGGAGGUGAUAAGGAUGCUCGGGACUCAGUCCAGAUGUGGCUGGAGCAGCGACUCCGGGAUGGUUUGGAGGAUGGGUCUGUUUCAGGGCAACAGAUUGGCACCUUCGAGAGAUACACCAAGGGCUUUGGCAGGAAGGUGCUGGAGCAGCAGGGCUGGACGGAGGGGCUGGGGCUGGGGAGCAGGAACUCUGGAAUGGCUGAAGCUCUGGACAACGAGGGUCAGAACCCCAGAUGCAAGAGGGGGCUGGGGUACCACGGGGAGAAACUGCCAACUUUCAGCAAGGUGAAAAAACCCCGACAGGACGCUCCCAUCCUCAUUUCUACCAUCUAUGAUGACCCUGACCCAAAGGACAGCGGUGACCAGCUGCUCAGGCGCCAGCCGCCCACUGCCAUGAAGUACAGGCAGGACAUGGCGUUUGUCCGGGCGUCACACGGUGCUCUGGAGAGCUUCAGUGCCCAGUCACGCUGAGCAGAGACUCACAGCCUUUGUACUGGUUCUGCUCCUGUGGAGCACAGGCUGGCUCCUGGUCUCGGGUUUGGAGCAGCGCAUUCAAAUAUUUAUUUUUGGAAGAAAUACAGACUUGUAACAAAAACUGCUUCAGUGUUUU